AUGGACCCCGUGACGCAGCAGGACAGCCCUCUGUCCAUCGCAGCUAACGUUGCCGGCAUUCUCACUUUCGUCGUCGCAAUUGUUGCAGCUGUCUAUGUCAGAAUCACAUACCUGCGCAACAGUGACGAUGAAUACUUCCGGGUCAAAGCCUCUCUAUCCUGGUUCAAGACGGAGUCCACAUGGCUUUCAGAUCUGAUCAAGACCGCCGGCGAGAGGCCCGGGGGCCCGCGUCAGCGCCAGCCAGAGUACCAAAUGUAUGCCUUCGUCAUGGACGACCUGAUCAAGCUGGAACAGCGCAUCUUGGAGCUCCUAGCUGAAGCCGAGACAAAAGCCGCCGGCCAGGACACCGAGAACCAGGGCAGAUGGACCCUCGUGCCGAAGAGCUGGAGCUUCACAACCAACGUCGCCAUGGCAUGGUUGCCUGUCCGUUCCAAAACAUUAGAACUAGUUCGGCAGAGAGAAUCUCUGACAGCGCGGGUUCAGUUCACGCAAAUGAGCAUGAUAUCCUCGUAG